AUGGCUAUAUUCAUGUAUGCUGUUAGAGAAUCAUUUACUAGCAGUAACAGCCUCUCCACCUCACCUAGUUUCAUCAUCCACGACGUCAAACUUUACGCCUUCAACGUCUCCACAACCACCGCCACCCUCACCUCCACCCUCCAAAUCACCAUCUCCUGCGAGAACAAGCAGGGUGAUCACGGUAUACACUUUGACAAAAUUGACGUUUACACCGCCUACAAGAAGCAACAGAUCACACCACCAAUAGCGCUUCCACCGAGGUACCUAGGUUCAUCAGAUGUCGCGCUUUGGUCUCCUUACCUCAACGGAACUGAAGUUCCGUUGAGUCCCUAUCUUGCAUCGUCUUUGGCCCAAGAUGUGACCGCGGGUGUGGUGUUGAUUAAUGUUAUGGUUACAGGACGAAUGAGGUUAAAAGAGGGAUUUGUUUCACGUCGAUACCGGUUGAAAGUAGAUUGCCUGACGUAUAUUACGUUUGGGAACAAGAACAAUAGUAGUAACGUUGUUGGUUCGGCCGUUAAGCAUCCAUUUGAGAAUUGGUGUCGUUAA